AUGUCGACAUAUUUGGUUGCAUAUGUCAUUGGCGCUUAUGAUUAUGUUGAAACGCGCGAUUCAAACAAUGUUCUAAUUCGAGUUUAUACGCCAGUUGGUAAAAAGGAACGCGGAUUAUUUGCAUUACAUACAACAGCAAAGAUCCUUCCGUUCUAUGCAGAAUAUUUUGGUAUUAAAUAUCCGUUAAGUAAAGUGGACAUGAUUGCUAUUGCUGACUUUGGCUCCGGUGCAAUGGAAAAUUGGGGUUUAAUCACAUAUCACGAAACGUAUCUGUUAGUUGAUGCUCAAAAUACCACUCAAGAAACAAAACAAGAUGUUGCUCUGAUUGUUGCUCACGAACUGGCACAUCAAUGGUUUGGAAAUUUAGUAACCAUGGAAUGGUGGAACGAUCUUUGGCUUAAUGAAGGCUUUGCAACUUGGAUUCAGUUUCUUGCUGUUGAUCAUGUUUAUCCUGAAUACGAUAUUUGGACACAAUUCGUAUCAGAUACUUUAGCAUUGUGUAUGAUUCCUGAUGCACUACAUCACAGUCAUCCGAUUGAAAUUGAUAUAAAGAAACCGAGUGAAAUCAGUGAAAUCUUCGACGAUAUAACUUAUGAGAAAGGCUCUAGUGUGAUCCGUUUACUUCAUGCAUAUAUCGGUGAUGAAGCAUUUCGGACUGGUCUAGCAAACUAUCUUGCUGAAUAUUCUUAUAAGAAUGCAAUUACAGAAAAUCUUUGGUCACAUUUGUCACGAGCAUCGAAACGACCACAUCUAUCUGAUAUUCUCUCAACAUGGACCAAGCAAAUGGGUUAUCCGUUACUUACUGUAACGCAAGAACAACGAGGAAACGAUCGACUGUUGAAAAUCGAGCAGACACGUUUUCUAGCUGAUGGCUCAGCUGAUGGUGCUGCCAGAUGGAAAAUUCCGAUAAAUAUCUGUACGAAAUCGAAUCCAAACGAAAGUGUUCAUCAAUUGUUCAUGAAUGGAGAAGAUCAACAAGAGUUUCUACUGGAAAAGGUGUCAGAAAGUGAUUGGAUUAAGUUGAAUCUAUUCAGUGUUGGUAUCUAUCGCGUGAACUAUCCUCACUGUAUGCUCGACUCGAUCAUUCCUGGUAUUCAGGAUCAAUCUCUAUCUCCUCAAGAUCGCUUCAACAUUCAAACUGAUCUAUACGCACUGGCGCGUUCGAAUCACAUGAAUUAUACUGAUUAUUUAAAAUUACUUCGUCAAGCCUAUCGACAUGAAGACAAUUUAACUGUUUGGAAAUCGAUCAUCAAACAGCUGACUGAUUUAAAUUCAAUCUUUGACUAUGCAUCGAUUAACAACACAAAGAAACUUUUUCAAGCCUAUAUUUGCGAUCUUCUAUCGAAUAUCCAUUCAAAACUACUAUGGGAUCCGUUGCCAAACGAAGGUUCGCAAGCUGCUAUGCUUCGAGGCUUAGUCUUAACUCAAAUGGGUAUCAAUGGGCACAAUCGAACACGUGAAGAAGCACGCAAACGUUUCGAAAAUCUGUUUACCACCAAUCGACAAGCAAUCAAUCCAAACAUUCGUUCCGCAGUCUAUUUAACUGUGGCACAAACAGGAAAUACGGACACAUUCGAAAAACUGAAAUCAUUGUAUCGCGAAGCUGAUACACAGGAAGAACGUAUUCGUCUGUUAACUGCACUAUGUCGUUUUGAUGAUCCAAAUAUUCAACGUCAAGCGCUUGAAUAUAUUUGGGAUGAAAAUGAAGUUCGUAAACAAGACCAUGUUUCUGCUUGUGUAUCUUUGGCUGGACAUAAUCGUCAUGGUUGUGAAAUCGCAUGGAAGUAUAUACAAGAAAAUUGGGACAAAAUCGAAGAUAUCUAUGGUGAAACAGACAAUCAUUUGAUACAUGUUGUUGAACAUGCGCCAAGCCAUUUCGUUACGAAAGAACGCGCGGAUGAAGUCGAAAAAUUCUAUGCUGAUCAUUCAAAUCCCUUGUUGGACAGACCAAUAAAAAAGGUUCUCGAACAGAUCAAAAUUCGCGGACUUGUUCUUGAACGACACGAACGUAGUAUUAACGACUUUCUCAGUCUUUAA